AUGAAAACUACACCAACUGAGGCGCUGCAAGUAGCACUCAGUAUUCCGCCCCUAAAUCAAGUGAUCAAAUACACAGCCAGGCAAACAGCAUACAGAUUAAUAUGUCAGGGUGAGUGGAAGGAAACCAGGACUGGACACACAAGACUGGGACUUUCUGAUAAACACCCUUUUAAUCUAAAACAAGACAGGAUCCCCAGAAGACACCAGUUGGUGAAGACUUUUAUAGUUCAAAUACCGACUAGGGAGGACUGGAGCAUACCUAAUUACAAAACCAAUCCAGAUGUAGACACUUGGUUCACGGAUGGAUCGGGAGCAAACGGUCGAUAUGGGGCAGAUAGCAGAGCGGCUAUUGAAGCACUUGCAAGAACCUCCACAGAAUCAUCUGUGGUAUGGGACUGCAUGCAAGCACUCACAACACUAGGGGUUACAAACCAAGUAACCCUAAUAUGGAUCCCUGAACAUCAGGCUAUACCUGGAAAUGAGAGAGCGGACGAGGUGGCAAAGCUGGGCACCGAAAUGGUCCCGGCUGAACAAAUCGUCGGGGUCCCAUUUUCAGCAGGAACAAAGAGGAUCAAAGAGUGGCUUGAACGGGAGCACUCGAACUCCUGGAAGGAGGCAAAGGGCUGUAAACGAGCAAAACAUCUCAUGAAACUUCCAAAACCAGCAAGAACUAGAGAAUUGCUGGCAAUGGGAAAAGCAAAACUGAGGAGCGGCAUAGGCCUCCUGACAGGACACUUGCCCCUGCACAUCUAUUCAAUCUAG